GAUUCAUGAAUGAAAUGGUUGAUGUUCUGUCAAUGUGCCUCGGAUGGUGAUGCGCUGAUUGAAUGAAAUUUUUACGCGAUGAAAAGGAGAGCCAAAAAUUGGGACAAAAUACAUACUAUAGAAUUUUGGAUUUCUCCGCAAUAAAUCAAGUAUUUAUUUCUCUGAGGGAAGUACGGAUCCCUCUGUGGAUCAAACUUUCCAGAUUCGAAAGGCAGUCGAAUUUUAACCCGAGUUGAAAAAUGUCCCUGGCAUCCUUACCGAAAAAAAUACCGAAGGAGGAGCUCAGCAAAGACCAAGUAAAAUUGCUGAAAAACGCGUUUGACGCAUUUGAUCAUGAGAAAAAAGGAUGCAUUCCUACGGAUACAAUUGGAACAAUUCUGGAGAUGAUGGGUCAUCCCCAAGACGCACCAACACUCAGACAAAUUAUUGCCGAAGUCGACGCAGAUGGGUCCGGAGAGCUGGAAUUUGACGAAUUUUGUGAAUUGGCCUCCCGGUUUCUAUCCGAAGACCAGGAGGAGGACCCUGUUGCCAUGCGUGCCGAGCUUCGUGAGGCAUUCCGUUUAUAUGAUAAAGAAGGAAACGGAUACAUAACAACUGAUGUUUUACGGGAAAUUUUAUACGAACUAGAUGAUAAAAUGACUGACGAUGAUCUAGAUGAAAUGAUCGAGGAAAUUGAUGCUGACGGAUCUGGAACGGUAGACUUUGACGAAUUCAUGGAAGUCAUGACUGGAGAAUAAAAUGGCGCACACCUGAGAAGUAUCACAAAAAAAACGCACAAGACGGAACCAAACUUUUUUGUAUGAUAAUGACUUAAAAGACUGAAUUAGUGUUAAAGCAUCAAUUAAAUGGGAAUAAGGAAGACUAAA